GCAAUAAUCGAGCCAUACCUUAAGGAUGAGGCCCCAAGGACCUCCACCUCCUCCUGGAGGGCCUGGGCCUCCGGGCUUUCCCGGCCCAAUAUCCGUACUUGGCAAUUUCUUCAAUGGGCUAUGUAGUGCCAUAUCUUCUUGUUUGCUGUUGUUGCUUGCUACAAGAGUGUUUUGGUGGGCCAGCUGAAUCGCCGCCUCCUCCGCAGACUCCGCUGCUAGCUCCGCCUCCACCUCCACCUCCCCCUCCACCGGCGCCACCUGUACCUACACCACCACCAGCCGGACCUCCUGGCCCUGAUUUUUCUCCUGCUCCUCCAAAUCCUUAUGGGCCUCCUGGUCCUCCAGGCCCAUAUUCUCCUCCCGGGCCUCCUGGUCCUCCAGGCCCAUAUUCUCCUCCCGGGCCUCCUGGUCCUAUUGGCCCACCUCCUUAUUAAGGAAGAAAUUUUUGGCGGCCCAUCAUAACUUAUAACCAACAGCUCCUUGUCCAAAAAAAAAACAACGGCUCAAAGAAAGAAUAAAUAUAAAUGUUUCUACAUUUUAAAUAAUAAUAAUAAUAAUAAUUUUAGACCAAAGAGCUUAAUGAUGUAACCAAAUUAUGGUGAUUACAUUGUCAUGAGAAAAUCCCUAGUCUAAUGCUUGUUUUAUGUUAUUGUUUAGAUGACUUUGCAUGUGAUUGUAUCCAAAUUAUGUCGUUGCAAUUUCUUGACUUUAGUUAAGAUAUUCAAAUAUUUCUACGAUGAUUUCUUAACAAAU